CAAAACUCCGUCCCCGUGUCGUCGGAGCAACAAGCCAUCGUGGACGCGAUAUGCCGCCUCUACAGCGGCAGCGCGAGCAAACAAGACAUGCAAGUCUACGCGCCCAACGCCAUCUACGACGACCCCUGGAGCUACUGCGACGACCGGUACAAAGUCGCCGGGCAGUGGUAUGGCAUCCCCAAAAUCAUGGCAUCUUCGCGCACCCUCGCCACCGAGAUUGUCGACGCCGCGCCCGCGCUGCUCGUCUUCAAGCUGCGGCAGGAGUACACGCCGCGCGUGCUGCACGUCGCGACAGCGGUCGACUCGCUCGUGUCGCUGCGGCUGGACGGGCAGGGCCGGGUGGCGUAUCAUAAGGAUAUGUGGAAUGCGAAGGAUUACAGCCAUGCGGGGUUGGGGAAGGCGAUGAAGACGCUGAAUGGGGAUUAUUUGACCAAGAUUACGAGGCCCGAGGGGGAUUUGUAGGAGAUGGUUGGGGAUGGGAUUGAAAUUGUGCUGUUUCUUUGUUUUCGAGCGCCCUUGGGAUUGCGCAACGUGCCGAAACAGCGGCCGGUGAGGCGCUUUGAGAGCCGGGCACGUGCCGGGUUACGUGAGAGUAGUAGUGGUGGUGGUGGAUGGGGGCGGAGCACGCUGGAGAGGCACCCCGCAGCGCUGCCGGGCCGUGAUGGUGUUUACUCGCGGACAAAUAUUCGUAACGUCGGCGGCUUCGUGUGUUGUACGACGGAGGCGGAAUGCGGGUCUAGUUUAGUACUUUACUGUAGAAAAGGUAGAUUAGUGAAGGUAGACGACGACUUUGGUUGGUAUGAAAGAUACACCCAACGGCAUCACAAGAGGAUACAUGCGCCGCUCCAUAGCGACAUCUGUCGCCUUGAGGCCUCCCAAAGUGCAUGAGGACAAAUCCAC